GAAAGAAAAUUAUAUUUACAAAAUACAUAUCGUGAGUACCGUAAAAAUUAAGAAUUUCCGUCAUAGAAAUAGGAGACAAAAUGUUGAUAGAAAUAUGUAUAUUUUUUAUAAAACGUUUUGGAAACAUAUUAUGUAUAUUAAAAAUCCAUUAACUUCACGUGGAGAAUUGGCCCUUUCAACGUAACGCUCAAAUAUCAGAGAUUGUCGGAAAGUAAAACAGACGAAAUGUCAGUCGAGCCUUUUCUUAAUAUAAAUUUCACCGUCGUAGGGGCGGCUCCUAUUUGAGUAACGACAAUUAGCGUCGGUCUUUCGGCGGAAAGUACAAUAUUUGAUCGGUAUGCGGGGGAUAUCGCCAUCGAUUCCUCGCGAUUAAUUUCCACGCGAAUGUGCCCGCGCGCAGAGAGAUAGCCGCGCGAUUUCAUAGCGCGUUAAUUAUGGAACGGCGGCGGGCCGUUACGCAUGCUAACCGACUAAUUCCGGCUUCGUAUUUCAGUGUUAGCCGCAUUUUUCCCACGCGUCGUGACAUCGGGAAUGUUACUCGCAAAGGCACACACACAUACACUCGACUCUACGAGUCGAGCUUAAUUUUUAAUCUGCCGCGCGUAGCGCCGUCGAGAAAUAAUCCGCCACUUAUUAUGCAAAUUUAAUCGUGCGUUUAUCGCGAGGCGCGCUAAUCGCAGAUAACUUUCCCCGCUCAACUUCACCGUUGCGGUGCCGUCCAUUCCUUUUUAUUUCCGGUGCGACAAAGCGCGGUCCCGGGCCGCUUUGUUUUCCCGGUGGCGGGUAUACGCCCGCCGUUUAAUCCCCCUCUGCAAUCCCCCUUCCUCGACGCGACCAUUAUGCCCGUCGCCGUCGUAGUAGUCGUCGUCGUGGUCAUGAUUGUCGCGCGGCUUCCAAGUUCGGGCGGCCGAUUUAGGUCGUCGUGGCAGCUCGCUGCCAAACAACGCAUCCAUUCAAUUACUGGGAUGAGAGUAAAACUCCUCGGCCUUUCGCGAAUCUUCCCGUUUGACACGCGGCAAGAAACAGAAUCGGACGUGCGAGGGGAUUUUCCGCGCGGAAGAAACGGCAAAAGGGAUGAAAAAAUUUCCCUAAUAUCGGGCGCGCGAGAGUCUCGCGCUCCCGCGAAGCUGUCUAAGCGUAAGAAUGUCAGUGGAAAAUCACUCGGAGAGAUUCUGGGUCGAUUCGAGGAAGCCCGGAACGAGUCGAGUAACUCCUCGUGAUAGUUUCCCUCUCCGGGAGAGAGACACGGGGUACUCCCGGGUGAGCUUAGUUCUCCAAACUUUUCCGACUCCCAUCACCUUCUCGAGGGCAGUUACUCGGGACGUCUCGAAGUGUUUCUAUUAUUCGGAGCGUCACUCGGUCUCUCGAGUCAUUCGGUGGAGGAGGAAGAUAUUUCGGUGCGGGUUCUCUCUCACGAGCAAGAGAUACGUGGGGCCGUAGCUGUGCGAGGUCGAAGCGUAUAUUCGGUCGCGAGAGCUCGCGGCGUCGUGAUUUUCGCGCGACGUGUACGACGUGUAGUGACGUUCGCUCUCGCGAGGGAAACGUCGGGAGAGGGAGGGGGGAGGUUCGUUUGAAGAUCCCUCGUGCUCAAAGGCGCGCGCGCCCGCCCAACCCGCCCUUCGUCCCGCGACCACGCUCCCGACUGCAUUGUGGUCGGGGAAAAUGCAUGACCGAGUGCAGCGGCGCGUCCUUUAUCGGCGCGUCCUACAUAGAGCUUUUUCCGAGCGUUUCCACGUUAUCGCUCGCUUGUUUGCGUCACGAACUCGAACUUCCAAUUCCUAAUUGAUUCGCGGCGUCUCGAGCGGGAAUCUCGAAGGGAAGAGACGUUCGUCGCUCCUUUUAGCGUUUCGCGUUUAAGAGAUAAGUACGAAAAGAAAGCAACAAAAAAAAAAAGAGAGAAUCGAGUAGCUUCUAUUUUUCUACGCCGCUUGCGAAGCGGUGAAAUAUAUUUUUCACACCUCGCGAACUGUACUUUGCUCAAGAAGAAACCGAAUAGCUCGGUCAAUUAGUUGAUAUAGAAAAACGUGGAAAGAGAAAAGCGCGCGCACGUGCGAUGAUCCACGCGUGAAGAUCUGCUCACCGAAGAUCAGCUAGAGGGUACGCCCGGAAGAAUAAAACGCGCCGAUGCGCCGCAAACCCUGCGCCCGGAAAUGACUUUUCCUGGCGCGCGGCUCGCUGCGGCUGCGGCACAUCGAUCGUCGAUGCAUUUCGACGGUUCGGACGCCGUUUCCGGCGUCAAAGGGCCAAGGUCGGCCCCCUCCCCGCUUAAUUGCGGGAUGGAUGGUCCCGUCGACGUAUGGCAGAACACACGCAGGGUCGGGAUUGGAGAUAGACAAGAUGGACCAGCAGUAUUGUCUACGGUGGAACAAUCAUCCAGCCAACCUCACAGACGUUCUCAGCUCGCUGCUAGCCAGAGAGGCGCUCUGUGACGUGACCCUGGCCUGUGUCGGAGAGACCUUCAAGGCGCAUCAGACCAUACUGUCCGCAUGCAGUCCGUAUUUCGAGAGCAUUUUCCUGCAAAACACCCACCCCCAUCCAAUCAUAUUCCUCAAGGAUGUCAAUGACACGGAGAUGAAGGCGUUGCUGCACUUUAUGUAUAAGGGCGAAGUCAAUGUUAGUCAGCAUCUGCUACCGAUGUUCCUUAAAACAGCGGAGGCAUUACAGAUCAGGGGCCUCACCGAUAAUAGUGUAAAUAACAAGACGGAGGACAAGUGUCCGUCACCGGAUCCAGAAACGCAAACCGGAGUCAGACAUAGCGAUUCGCCUAACCUCCAGUCUCAUCAUGAGAAGAGGAAAAGAAAGAAUUCAGGCAGCUACGACGUUUCCCUUUCUGGCCCACCUAGCGAAAGAUUCUUGUCCGACUCUCAGGUACAUAAAUUUACAUCCUCGCAGUGUAGUUACAAAUCAAGUCCUCCUGUGAUUCCAAAGUUAAAUAAUGCCCUGGGAGUUGAGAUGGAAGAUGGUGGUCGACCCAUGUCCCCUGCUUCACAACCGCAGGCUCCUAUUAAACAAGAGGUGGAUCACCACUUGCCCGACUUCCAUGACAAUAUUUCCCUCCCCACUAAUAUGGAGUGGGAGGUGGUUCAGAGAGAUGGGAAGAGUGACGAAACUGUGGAUGUGAAACAGAACAUGACUUCAAAUCAUCCAGAUUCCGCUGUGGUGCAAGUUUCUCGCGAAAGUGCCAUCAUGGCUGGAGGUUCUCUCUAUGUCGAUAUGUCGGGGAUUGCGUCCGAAUAUCCCGGAAAUUCGUAUAAUCCGCUAAGUCAAGCCGUGCCCAUGAACUCGCACCAUUCGUACAAAAGCAAUAGCACUGAUCAGACCCAGCCUUAUGAAUCGUUGCCCGAGUAUUCGGUUGUUAAAGCACUCGAGAGUGACAUGCGCAGAUCUUUACAAAUAAAUCAUCCCGAGUCGGGAAUGUCCGUGAUUCAAUCGACGAUGUGCGCAAACGUGCAUCGUUCUAUUCCGCAAGGUAGAAAGGCCGGUAGAUUUAAACCGGGAUGGUUAGACUUGUAUUCCUGGCUGCAGUACGAUGAACAAUCGAAUCUUAUGUUUUGCAAAUAUUGUAGAAAGUGGAGCGAGACCAUACCAGAGAUUCGCACGUCGUUUGCCGCGGGAAAUGGCAAUUUUAGACUCGAGAUCGUGAACCACCAUGAUAAGUGUAAAGCACACAAUCUGUGCGUAACAAAAGAAAGCGAGGCAAAAAAGAGUUACAUUUAUACGAAAACGUGCUAGCCUUGACACCUAUCAUCAUAUCCUAUCUGUGCCGAAUUUAUUCGUAGUCAGUUUCGCGCUCAAUUAAUAUACAUACAAAAGACAUUUACAUAUGUAAUGUUUACACACUUGUGCAAGAUACGUGACCACUUAAAGAAAUUUCUAUCUACGAUAAACCGCUCCAAAAUUUAAGUAAACUUAAAUAAUUAUUUUGACACAAAAUGAAAUACGCACUGAUGUUGUAACAGAAUAUGUUACAUUAUUAUUUAUUUGAUUACCCUGUCUUUUAGAUAUUUUCAGAUCCUCUAAAGAUUUCUCUUUCCAAUUUAUUUUAUAUUUUAGCCUUGAACUUUUGUAUUUUCAAAUUAUAUUCAAUCUAUAAUGCUUUUUAUUGCAUCAACAAUGUUGCAAAUAAAUUUACACUUGUUAAAUAUAAGUUUACAAAAGCAAGUUCUUAUCAUUAGAUAAUUUUAUCAAUGUUAAAGUUAUUGUAUGUGUGUAAAGUUAAAAACAACAUAUACAUAAAUAUACAUAAUUAUGUUGGUUAAUAUAAAAAUUUAUUAACAUUAAUAAUAUUAAUUAUUAAUGUU